AUGGCAUCCCGUCGAAGUAGCCCAGAGAUUGUUGACCUCCUUCUUGAUCAUGGAGCCAACAUCCACAACAGUAAUGUCCUACAUUAUGCUGCAUGUAGGAGAGGCGGACUGGCCAUUCCAAUGAUGGAGCACCUGAUACAACGUGGGGCCGACGUAAAUGAAUUCGGCUAUCCCGCAUUCCUACAUUUCGGUGGCACUCCCCUUCAUGCGGCCAGCUACCAAGGGAAUCUACUGGCCGUGAAGUGGCUCCUAAAGCAUGGCGCAAACCCCGGCGUGGAAGACGCGCAAGGUAGUAAGCCGCUUGAUCUAGCAGCUUUGGAGGAGGAAGACGAAAUAUGUGAUGUUCUCUAUGAAUUGUCGCCAUUGGACGACUUUGGGAAGGGUGAGAAUAGUAGCUCAGGCCAGCCGAAAGCGAACAGUUCCAGAGCAUGA